AUGGAAGGCCUCAAAACACCUUUCUUGUUUUCCUCUUUUUUUUCCAUUUUAACAAUCUCCAACGCAGUAGACACCAUAACCAAAACCCAAUCCAUUACAGGCCGCAAUACCAUUGUUUCAUCUGGUGGAAGCUUUGAGAUGGGUUUUUUCAGCCCUGGCAAUUCCCAGAAUACAUGCUUGGGAAUAUGGUACAAGAAAAUUUCUGUUAGGACCGUUGUAUGGGUUGCCAAUAGAGAAAUUCCACUUGUCAAUUUCUCAGGCAUCUUAACAGUACUUGACCCUGGAAUUCUUUCCCUUGUCAAUGGUACUAACAGUCUCAUUUGGUCACCCAAUGUAACAGGAUCCACACAGGACCCUGUUGCACAACUUAUGGAGUCAGGAAAUCUUGUUGUGAAAGAUGCAAAUGAUAAUAUUUUGUGGGAAAGCUUUGAUUAUCCAUGUGAUACUCCUUUACCAGGCAUGAAGCUUGGCAAGAACUUUGUAAUGGGCCUUGAGCGUCACCUCUCUUCCUGGAAGAGCAGCGAUAAUCCAGCUCAACGAAAUUUGAUGAACAACCUUGAAAAAGGUUGCACUGACAAAAGCCAGACAGAAGAUUUAGAGUUACCAUUGUUUGACUUAGCUGUAAUAGCUAAUUCCACUAGUAACUUUUCAAUCAACAAUAAGCUUGGAGAGGGUGGAUUCGGACGUGUUUACAAGGGUAUGCUAGAAGGAGAACAAGAAAUAGCUGUGAAGCGGCUAUCAAAGAAUUCUAGCCAAGGGCUUGACGAGUUCAAGAAUGAAGUUAUUUGUAUUGCCAAACUUCAGCACCGAAAUCUCGUGAAGCUUCUAGGAUGUUGCAUUCAAGGAGAAGAAAAGAUGUUGAUCUAUGAAUACAUGCCCAACAAAAGCCUGGACUACUUUAUUUUUGGUUUGGCUCUCUUGAAACUAUAAUACCAUACCACAACUAUUUUUGGUUUGGCUUUCUUUUGAUUUAUUUGAUUAUGGGAACAAAAUUAU